ACUUUCGUUCAUUUCCAUACAAAAAGCGAAGCAGCUGAGACAUAAAUCCUAUUUACUGCAAAACUAAACUCGCAAAUCACCAUGGAAUGGCACAGUCCUGUGAUUCAGCCUCUCCUCACAGACUUCUACCAGGUCACAAUGGCCUAUGCGUACUGGAAGAGUGGAAAAACACACGAUAUAGCAGUGUUUGACUUGUUUUUCAGGAAGAACCCAUUCAGCGGAGAGUUCACUGUGUUUGCAGGAUUAGAAGAGUGUCUGCACUUCUUAAAGACCUGGAAAAUCACUGAUCAAGACGUCUCCUACUUGAGAAAACAGCUCCCAGCCACCACAGAAGAUGAGUUCUUCACAUUUCUGAAAAACAUUGACAUGAGCUGUAUAGAGCUGUGGUCAGUCCCAGAAGGCUGUAUCGUCUUCCCAAAAGURCCCCUCAUGAGAGUCCAAGGUCCCUUACCAGUUGUUCAAUUACUGGAGACAUCCCUUCUUACCCUAGUGAAUUAUGCAAGCUUGGUUACAACCAAUGCAGCAAGAUUUAGAUUGGCUGCUGGUUGGGAUAAAACUCUCCUAGAGUUUGGUCUCCGCAGAGCACAGGGUCCCGAUGGAGGUCUUUCUGCCUCAAAGUAUUGCUACAUGGGAGGGUUUAAUGGCACAAGUAAUGUUUUGGCUGGCAAACUGUUUAAUAUUCCAAUCAAAGGUACCAUGGCUCAUGCGUUUGUCACUUCCUUUAAUGGYCARGAAAAGGAUACUGUUGGGACUCUACAACCUGCCAACAAGAAUGAARAACCUAGGGAAAUAUUCCCUGAAAUUGAAAAAUGGCUUAAGGAAAUAGCACCAGUUCUAGGUGUUGUUGAAGAYGAGGUGCGAAUGGGAGAGCUUGUGUCUUUUGCUGCAUAUGCRGUAGCUUUCCCAGAUUUUUUCUUGGCUUUAGUUGAUACCUACCAUGUUUUAAGGAGUGGAGUUCCCUGCUWCAUUGCUGUCGCACUUGCACUUGAAAGUUUUGGCUACAAAGCUAUUGGAGUGAGAUUGGAUUCUGGCGACUUGGCAUACCUCUCCAAAGAAGUCAGAAAAUGUUUUGAAAAAGUAGCAGAUCACUUAUCGAAGCCAUGGCUUGUCAAAAGCAUCAUUGUUGCCAGUAACGACAUUAAUGAAGAUACUUUACUCUCAUUAAGACAGCAGGGUAAYGCCAUUGAUUCUUUUGGUAUUGGUACUCAUCUGGUCACGUGUCAAAAACAACCAGCAUUAGGUUGUGUCUUUAAGUUGGUUGAAUUGAGUGGAAAAGCCCGCAUAAAGCUUAGUCAAGACAUUGAAAAAAUUACAAUUCCAGGCAAGAAAUCAGUGUACAGACUGUAUGGAGCAGAUGGAAGCCCACUCCUAGAUCUUUUGCAACGAGAUUCUGAGUCUCCACCAGUUGAAGGUCAAAGAGUGUUAUGUAGACAUGCAUUUGAUGAAGCAAAACGUGCUUAUGUGUGUCCCUCUAAUGUAGAGCCAUUAUUGAAACUUUGCUGGAAAGAUGGAAAGAUAGCCAUUCCUCUGCCUAGUUUAAAAGAAAUCCAGUCCAAACUCACGGCAGCAUUGCUAGUUCUCCGUCCUGACUAUCAACGACCUCUUAACCCAACACCAUACAAGGUUUCUCUGAGUGAAAAAUUGUAUUCGUUCAUGCAUCAACUGUGGCUGGAACAUAUGCCUAUUGGUGAACUAGCUUAGCCAAUGAAACAAUAGUAGACAGACUAGCUUGAUAAUCAUGCACAUGCCCGCCGGGAUAAUCAUCAAAUCAAUCAUCGAUUCAAGACUCUUGAGGCUUGCUCUUUGAAUUGAUAUUCACUGUAUGGGACUGGUAAUUAUUUAGAAGGGAGAAGGGGCGUAAA